ACGUUGCGUGUUUGUUUUCUGAGAAAAACAAGUGUAAAUAUGUAUCAUAUUAAAAUGAUAUUCUAUCCCUCUUCUGUCAGUAUUUGCGCUCAUUUUAACAGAAUUCAUCUUCAUUUAUCAUUUUAGAAAAAGAAUGAAAAUAAAAACAAAUGCUGGAAUUAAUUCUAUUACAUAUUAAAUAUUAGAAAUAUGUAAAAUGGCGGACACUCCACAUGAACGCGCAAACGAAGAGGAAGUGGGUAGGGAGGGGGUGUAGGGGGUACUUUGGAAAAGACCCCUGGAUGCUAUUUAAAAGACUUGGGAUGUUCCCAAUAAUUUACAGAAAGACUGCAUAAAGGGUUUAAAGUGUCUACCGGAGAGUCCGCAUGCACUCAACGACUUAACAGCCUGAACCCCUUCCGGAUUUAUCGGGAACGCGCCUCAAAAUCCAUGAAUCCAUUGGGAUUGGGUUUGGGUGUUUCCCUGUUCAAGUUAAGUUUCACUUUCUGUGACAGUUGUGGCGCAGAUAAAUUUCUACAUCCAGGCAUCCAUCUGAAGGUGGAGCUCUGACUCGUUCCAGGAAACAGCUCACCUGUGGCAAACACUUUUCUGACGGACGUGGAGUGGAGAGUCUUUGUCUUCAGCAGUUUGGAUGUUAACUGUGAAGGUAGAAAGUGUGUGUGACUGAUGUGGAUGUGACUUCAGCAGCAUGGAUCAGUGUGAGGACAGAGAGGAGGGAGUCCCUCCCUCUAAACGCUCUCGGUGUGGGGAACAUGACAGCCAGACCAAAGCUCAGAGAACAAGGAGGCAGCACAGACCAGACUCUGCUGGACCUGAACCUGAACCUGGACCUGGACCUGGACCUGGACCUGGACCUGGACCUGAACCUGAACCCAGCUGUGUGUCCUUGAAAAGCGACCGGUCAAAUGAUCUCCUCAUUGAUUUUAAAGGACAACUUCCUACUGCAAAGAGAGUGGACCAUGAGAGCUCAGAGGUUCCCAGUGGUCAGUCUGCCCAGCAUCAUCAAAAACACCUGGACUCCAUAUUUUUGCUGCUGGAGGAGAACAUUGUUACUUUUGUGAAGAAUGAGCUGAAGAAGAUGCAGAAGGGUCUGAGUUCAGAUUACCCAGAAUGCUUAGAGAGUCAGAGUCAGGAUGAGGAGGUGUUGGAUGAUGAGGGGGAAGAGCAGAGGAGCAGCAAAGAACAAAAAGCAUCCCAGAGAUCUGAAACUAAAGAAGAAUCUGCAGAGACAUGUUUCUACCAGAGAGCUGUGGACAAGGCCUUACAGAGUCCAAAUGGACACCUGGACUUGUUCCUCCGCUUCCUCCUUGGUCUUUCACUGCAGAACAAUCAGACUCUCCUACGAGGCCUGCUGACACAGACAGGAAGUAGCUCACAGACCAAUCAAGAAACAGUCAAGUACAUCACGAAGAAGAUCGGUUGA